AUUGGCAGCCAAUUAAAAUUCAAUUGAAGAUAAGGAAACGUUCGCGAAAUCUGAUACUUGCAUUAAACACCGCUCAACGAAAGAGAUCUUGCAAAGUUUAGACUCGCUACAUGUCUAUUUUUUGCAUAACAAUAUAGAUCCCUUAGAGCCUUUUGAAGACAUUGAAAAUUUAAUCCAAGAAAGUUCUGAAAAAAAAACGUGCCAAAAGAAAAUAAAAUAUUUUUUAAGUAACUCUUGACAAUUUUCAAAUGAAAUGAACUGAAUGAAUUCAGUCCCCGACCGCCAAAGUAAUCGGAAUCGUGACAUAAAAAAGUAUGAUCACAUAUAUUAAAAGAAUGUCUAGCACAACUAAGAAUUUUACCGAAACUUUAUAUGCAAUUCUGAUGACUAAUAUACUUAUGGGUACCGCAAUUAUUCCAUAUAAGUCUUUGUAAAUUUCGCACGAAAUAAAGAGUCAUGAACUGAAAACCUGAACUAGAACACAGCGAUAAACUCACAAGUGCGAAACGCUGAUUUCGAUAAACUCCACGGAUGUAUAAGGUUUGUAUCUAUAAAAGCACUACGCGCCCACGGGAACACAUUCAGUUGUGCCAGUGACUUACUUACUAUGUGUCAAUUUAGUCGACAAUUAGUUUUGCAAUUAAUAUUAUCUUUGGCAUUUGGCCAUGCUUAUGGGCAACAAAUGUUCGAGCGUAUUGUCGACGGCCGUGCGGUGACACAAAAGAUAUAUCCUUAUUUUGUGCGUCUGCACUAUCGACGAGAUUUCAUUUGCGGCGGUUCGUUGGUGCGGAACAAUGCUGUACUCACGGCAGCACACUGUGUCAAGGACCACAAUGUGAAGGCGCUGCGCGUCCACGCGAACACCAUUAAUUUGGGCGACACUGGAGUGGUGAGAACGAUCAAGUCCAAGUGGGUUCCAAAAGAAUACAAUAAGCACACACUAAAUAAUGAUGUAGCGGUGUUGAUACUCUCCUCUGCCAUAUGGAGUGCACCGGUGAUACCAUUGCAUAAGAGCGCGGUGGCUGUCGGUACGAGUUGCCUGGUUAUUGGUCAUGGCAGAACCAAAGAAAACGGCGUCGUUUCAAAACAAUUGCAAGAGAUCCGAGUGCCUGUCAUGAGUCGGAAAGUUUGUCAGCACAAAUAUCUCGGUAAAUUCGUUAUUACACAGUCGAUGAUGUGCGCUGCGGAACGGGGUAACAAACACGCACCCUGUAAAGGUGAUUCUGGCGGUCCGAUGAUAUGCAACGGUAAACAGGCUGGCAUCGUUUCGUGGGGUAAGAGUUGUGGGCGUCUCAAAUAUCCGGACGUUUACACAGAUAUAAGCCAGGUUAAUGGUUUCAUUAAAUAUGUGCUUAAGAAGUAUGCGUAAGCAGGAAGUGAAGCAGAAUUGUAUGUUUUUGCAAUAAGUACUGUUAUCUUUGCUUGACUUAAUGCUAUUACGAUUAAAGAUUUUGUAAUUAUUUAAAUAUAGUAAUUAUUAAAAAUAUACAAUAAUCUAUAUAUUAUACAUAUGUAUGUAUUAUAAAUGGCUUAGCAUACCGGAAAUAAAGCACUUAUCAG